AGUCUCCCAGCCUUGCAGGCCCACGUGGCCAGCUCUCCUCACUUCCUCCCUCCGGCCCCUCUGCCCAGCCUGGGGGACCCCUGCUCUGCUCACCCCACGGGUCAGGCCUAAGCCUAGGAGCUGGAAAAUGGACUGGGACCGACUAGUGAAGGAGGCUCUGGCAUUGGGGACAAGCCUGGGGCUGCCGGGGUGACUGGGGGUGGAGAACAGACUCCAGGGAAGAAAUGUAUGGGUGGAGGAAGGAGAAGGAGACUGGGUGUCCUCCAGGCCAGAGCCCAGGGGCAGCACCUAUUGUCAUUAUUUGUUAUUUGGCGAACAUUCUUUAUCUACAUAAUCGCUUCACCACAAGUGUAUAAAGUAAGGACUGUGACUGCGACUUUACAGACAGGGAACAUGAGGCAGGAGGUUAGGGCUCUAAGACCCCCAGAGUUGAACCUAGCUAGGACUGGUCCUCCUGCAAGCAGGCCAGAAAGACCCAACAGGACACCCCAGCGGGUAGGGGCCCCAAGGAGGCAGGGGGAGCAGUUGCUCCAGAGCGCCCUGAGGAAACUGUGUUUAUUUCCAGGGUCUCCUCCAGGUUCCGAAGCUGGAGACAGGGUCUCCAAACCCUCCCAGCUUCCUCUGGGCGGGGGCUGCUCUGGGGCUCCUUGCACUCUGAGGCCUGCUGGGGCCCAGGGGUCAAGGCGCCCAUUCGGUAGUCGGGCGCCUCAGGACAGGACAACGGACGCCAGGGGCGCUCCCUGAACAAAGACUGGGUGGGAGGCGGCCUGGUGUGUCCCCACCCCGCCUCCCCCAGCGCCCGCUGAGCCGCGACCACAGCCCACAGCCAGGCGAGGCGGAGCGAGCAUGGCGCGGGCGUCUGCAGUUCUGCUGCCCCUGGUCCUGCAGCUUGCAAGCCAGGCCGUCGCCCCCGGGACGCGCCGAGGUGGGGACAUUGCCAGGGAUCCCCCAAAGCUUGCAGAGAUCCACAAUUACCAACAGCCGGAUCCCCACUCCUCAGCAUCUCCUGGGGCCCCCCAGCAUCCCUGGCGCCCCCUGGAGGAGCGGCUGGGAAGGCUGGAGGCAGAGGUGACCCAGCUCAGAGAGCAGAACAAGAUGCUGCAGGCAAGGGUGAAACUGCUGGAGUCCUGUGAAUGCCGCCCAGCUUCUCCCCAGUGUUGGGGGUUGGGGCAGGCCUGGCCUGAGGGGGCUCGCUGGGAGCCUGAUGCCUGCACAGCCUGCAUCUGUCAGGAAGGGGCUGUGCGCUGUGACCCCAAGCCCGAAAGACCCCAUUGCCAUGGCUGUAGCCACAAAGGCCAGGCCUAUGGCCAUGGGGAGACCUUCUCCCCAGAUGCCUGCACCACCUGCCUCUGCCUGGAAGGAACCGUAACCUGUACCCAGAAGCCAUGCCCGAAAGGCCCCUGCCCAGAGCCAGGAGCAUGCUGCCCCCACUGUGAGCCAGGCUGCCCCGGAGGCCACAGGGCUGGGGAAACAUGGCAACAGGAGCCCUGUGUCAUCUGUACCUGCCAGGCAGGGGCCGUGCGGUGCCAGGGGCCCUCAUGUUCAGAGCUCAACUGCCUGGAGAGCUACACUCCACCUGGGCAGUGCUGCCCUGUCUGCCGGCCAGGCUGUGAGUAUGAGGGGCAGCUCUAUGAGGAGGGAGCCAACUUCCAGUCCAGUUCCAAUCCUUGUCUCCGGUGUUCCUGCCUGAGGAGCCUGGUUCGCUGCGUGCCUGUGAAGUGCCCACCCAGCCCCUGCCCUGAGCCAGUCCCAAGGCCUGGGCACUGCUGCCCUACUUGCCCAGACGCAGGCUGCACAGAAGGGGGCUCUCACCGGGAACACGGCCAAGAGUGGACAGUGCCUGGAGACCCCUGCCAGAUCUGCCGCUGCCUGGAGGGCCACAUCCAGUGCCGUCAGCGAGAAUGUGCCAGCCUGUGCCCGUACCCUGCCCGGCCCCUCCCAGGCACCUGCUGCCCUGUGUGUGACGGCUGUUUCCUAAAUGGGCGUGAGUACCGCAGCGGGGAGCCUGUAGGCUCUGGGGACCCCUGCUCGCACUGCCGCUGUGCCAACGGGAGCGUCCAGUGCGAGCCUCCACCCUGCCCACCGGUGCCCUGCAGACACCCAGGCAGGAUCCCUGGACAGUGCUGUCCAGUCUGUGAUGGCUGUGAGUACCAGGGACACCAGUAUCAGAACCAGGAGACUUUCAGACUCCAAGAGAGUGGCCGCUGCAGCCUCUGCUCCUGCCAGGCCGGCGAGGUCUCCUGUGAGGAGCAGGGGUGUCCGGUCGCCCCCUGCACUCUGUCUGACUCUGGCUCCCAGCUCUGCCCAGCCUGUGUGCUUGAUGGAGAGGAGUUUGCUGAGGGGGUCCAGUGGGAGCCUGAUGGUCAGCCCUGCACUGCCUGCUCCUGUCAAGAUGGGGUGCCCUUGUGCCGGGCUGUGCUCUGCAAACCAGCUCCCUGCCAGCACCCCACCCAGCUCCCUGGCACCUGCUGCCCCCACUGUGAGAGCUGUACCUACCAGGGCCAAGUGUACGCCAAUGGGCAGAACUUCACAGACACAGAUAGCCCUUGUCACACCUGCCACUGCCAGGAUGGGACGGUGAGGUGCUCCUUGGUCAGCUGCCCUCCCACAACCUGUGCCAGGCCGCAGAGUGGACCAGGCCAGUGCUGCCCCAGGUGCCCAGACUGCGUCCUGGAGAAACAAGUGUUUGUGGACGGCGAGAGCUUCUCCCACCCCCGAGACCCCUGCCAAGAGUGCCAGUGUCUGGAAGGCCAGGCCCGCUGCCAGCCACGCACCUGCUCCAGGGCCCUCUGUGCCCACCCGCUGGCUGGAGCCUGCUGCCAGAACAACUGCCAGGGUUGUGCUUUUGGAGGGAAAGAGUACCCCAGCGGAGCCGAGUUCCCCCACCCCUCCGACCUCUGCCGCCUGUGCCGCUGCCUGAGUGGCAACGUGCAGUGCCUGGCCCGCCGCUGCCCACCCCUGCCCUGUCCAGAGCCGGUCCUGCUGCCCGGAGAGUGCUGCCCGCAGUGCCCAGCUGCCUCCUCCGAUUGCCCUCUGCCUGGGAGUGAGGUCCCCGCCCGCCACCAGGAGCACUUCUCCCCGCCCGGGGACCCCUGUCGCCUCUGCCUCUGCCUCCAUGGCUCCGCGUCCUGCCGGCGGCUGCCCUGCCCACCCGCGCCCUGCGCCCACCCACGCCAGGGGCCUUGCUGCCCCUCCUGUGACGGCUGCCUGUACCAGGGGAAGGAGUUUGCCAGUGGGGAGCGCUUCCCUUCUCCCACCGCCACCUGCCAAGUCUGCCUCUGCUGGGAGGGCAGUGUCAGCUGUGAGCCCAAGGCCUGUGCCCCAGCGCAGUGCCCCUUCCCUGCCAGGGGGGCCUGCUGCCCAACCUGUGAUGGCUGUGAGUAUCUAGGGGAGUCCUACCUGAGCAGCCAGGAGUUCCUGGAUCCCCGAGAGCCCUGCCAACUGUGCACCUGCCUUGGAGGCUUCGUGACCUGCAGCCGCCGGCCCUGUGAGCCUGUGGGCUGUAGCUACCCACUCACCCCGCCUGGACACUGCUGUCCCACCUGCCAGGGAUGCCUCUAUCUUGGGGUCACUGCUGCCUCUGGAGAGAUCUUCCCUGAUCCCCUGGACCCCACAUGCUCCCUCUGCACCUGCCAGGAAGGUUCCGUGAGCUGCCAGAAGAAGCCAUGUCCGCCGGCUCUCUGUGCCCACCCCUCUCCAGGGCCCUGCUUCUGCCCCGUCUGUCACAGAAGCCUGUCACCCACAGGCUGCCUCGCCCAGGGCCGGGAACAUCAGGACGGGGAGGAGUUCGAGGGGCCCCCUGGCAGCUGUGAGUGGUGUCGCUGUCAGGCCGGCCAGGUCAGCUGCGUGCAGCUACGGUGCCCACCCCUGCCCUGCCCGCUCCAGGUCACGGAGCCGGGGAGCUGCUGCCCUCGCUGCAGAGGUUGCCUGGCUCACGGGGAAGAGCACCCUGAAGGCAGCAGCUGGGCACCCCCCGAUAGCCCCUGCUCCUCCUGCAUGUGUCACGAGGGUGUCGUCACCUGUGCCCACAUCCAGUGCGUCACCUCCUGCGCCCAGCCCCGCCAGGGGCCCGGUGACUGCUGCCCGCGCUGCUCUGACUGUGAGCACGCGGGGCGGACGUACGCGCCCGGGGAGAGCUUCCAGCCUGGGCCGGACCCCUGUGAAGUGUGCGUUUGUGAGCUACAGCCCGAGGGGCCUCCCAGCCUUCGCUGUCACCGCAGGCAGUGUCCCAGCCUGGUGGGCUGCCCCACCAGCCAUCUCCUGCCCCCAGGGCCCCAGCAGUGCUGCCCCACCUGUGCCCAGGCGCUGAGUAACUGCACAGAGAGCCUGGUGGGGUCUGAGCUGGCUCCAGCAGACCCCUGCUACACCUGUCAGUGUCAGGACCUGACUUGGCUCUGCGUUCACCAGUCCUGCCCCGAGCUCAGCUGUCCCCCCUCAGAGCGCCAGAUGCCCCCUGGAAGCUGCUGCCCCGUGUGCCGGGAAUGUGUGGUGGAGCCCCAGGGCCGGAGAGCGGCAGAUGGAGAGAGCUGGCGGGAGCCCAGAGACCCCUGCAUUGCCUGCACCUGCCACGGGGGCCACGUGGAGUGCCACCUGGAGCAGUGCCAGCCCCUGUCCUGCCCCCACGGUUGGGCGAAGGUGCGGGGGGCCGACAGCUGCUGUGAGCGAUGCCAAGCCCCAGCGCAGCUGUGCAAGCACCAGGGCCGGGAGGUGGCCUCCGGGGAGCACUGGGCGGUGGACGCCUGCACCAACUGCUCCUGCGUGGCGGGCACCGUGCACUGCCAGAGCCAACGCUGCCCGCCGCUCGCCUGUGGCCCCGACGAGGCCCCCGCCCUGAGUCCGGGCAGCUGCUGCGCCCGCUGCCUGCCCCGGCCCGCUUCCUGCAUGGCCUUCGGAGACCCCCAUUACCGCACCUUCGACGGCCGCCUGCUGCACUUCCAGGGCGGCUGCAGCUACGUGCUGGCCAAGGACUGCCGCGGAGGGGACUUCAGCGUGCACGUGACCAAUGAUGCCCGGGGCCGCCGCGGCGUGGCCUGGACCCAGGAGGUGGCCGUGCUGCUGGGACACGUGGUCGUGAGGCUGCUGCAAGGCGGGGCAGUCACGGUGGACGCGCGCCCCGUGGCCUUGCCCUACCUGCAGGAGCCGCUGCUGUACGCGGAGCUCCGGGGACGCACGGUGAUCCUGCACGCCCAGCCCGGGCUCCAGGUGCUGUGGGAUGGGCAGUCCCAGGUGGAGGUGAGAGUUCCCGGCUCCUAUCGGGGCAAGAUUUGUGGGCUCUGUGGGAACUUCAACGGCUUUGCCCAGGAUGAUCUGCAGAGCCCCAAGGGGCUGCUCCUGCCCACUGAGGCUGCCUUUGGGAAUAGCUGGCAGGUCCCAGAGGGGCCAGGACCUGGUCAGCCCUGCUCCAAGGGCAGAGAGGUGGAUCCAUGCCGGGCAGCAGGUUACCGUGCCAGGCGUGAGGCCAAUGCCCGGUGUGGGGUGCUGAAGUCCUCCCCGUUUAGUCGCUGCCAUGCCCUGGUGCCACCAGAGCCCUUCUUUGCUGCCUGCGUGUAUGACCUGUGUGCUUGUGGCCCUGGCGCCUCUGCUGAUGCCUGCCUCUGUGAUGCCCUGGAGGCCUAUGCCAGCCACUGUCGCCAGGCAGGGGUGACGCCUACUUGGAGGGGACCUACGCUCUGCGUGGUGGGCUGCCCCCUGGACCGUGGCUUCGUGUUCGAUGAGUGUGGCCCACCCUGCCCCCGUACCUGCUUCAACCAGCACAUCCCCCUGGGGGAGCUGGCGGCACACUGCGUGAGGCCCUGCGUUCCUGGCUGCCAGUGCCCCGCGGGUCUGGUGGAGCAUGAGGCCCACUGUAUCUCGCCUGAGGCCUGCCCCCCAGUCCUGCUCACUGAGGACCGGCCACCCAGUGCUCUGCCCAGCCCCAGCCAGGAGCUCCAGGGGGCACCCUGAGCUGAGAUGCCUCCAGGACUCAUCGGGCCAGAAGUCUCCUGUGGAGAGCAGCUCCCCUCCGGGCAGAGCGCAGAGAGAGGGCCGGCCUAGCGCUGGCAGCCUGGGCCCCAUCUGAAAAGACAGGCUGUGUUGGGUCAGGAGCAGUAAACUCAGGACUUGACCUCAGGCUUCCUUGUGUGUGUUUCCUCCUGGUGCUGGGGUGGCGCCGUGGGCCACUUAGAACAUGGG